GCUUUGGGCUUCUGGCUGCUGCCAUGCCGCUGACCGCGUACCUCUUUUUAUUCUCUGCAGUGUUUCCAGCCCACUUCCAGCUCCUGCAUCCGACCCGGCGGUUCCAGUUUGUGGAUAUUGGGGUGAAGGCACAGAUCUCGUGCACUUCUGUAGAAGAUAUUGACAACAAUGCAUUAAUUUUCAGCUGGUACAAAAGAAGAGAACACGGAAUGCCGAUUUUAAUCAAGAGUUGCCGUGAAAAAAAAUCCAGAGACAGAUUUGCUUGCAAAGUUAAUCCUAACCGUCGAAACGCCGUACUGGAGAUCCUUAAUGUGCAGAGGUCUGAUUCUGGCCUAUAUCUCUGUGCCCAAAGAAAUCCUCGUGGCUUGCAUUUCAGCAAUGCAACAUCUUCACUGAUUGUUGGAGACAGUUAUACUCCAAGCACCCAGGUGAUGCUUUUGCAGCCCUCUAACCAAGACCCAGCUUCCCAGUUCAAGAACCAACUUGUUUGUGUGGUCCAUGGCGUGUCUAAUUUAGUUCAAGUGUCCUGGGACGUCUCGGGAGGUCUCCAGCAAGAGGACCAGACCUUUUUGGUGAAAAACAGCCGUGGGUCGUUAACCUUCAUCCGUGUCCUUCACCUCCCCACGGAAUCACAAUACAUUGGGAGAACCAUCACCUGUGAAGUCAAGUUCAACUCUUCCAGCACCAGCGUGAAGAAAACUGCUGCGUUCAACGCAGAUGCAAAAAUUCCUCAGUGCCACUUCAGAUAUACAUGGGUCCUGGAUACAUUGGCAUUGCUGCUGCUUCCUCUAAACUUCCUUUGGAUUCGAUUUUACCCUUCCGACUCCCAAAUGGCAUCGGGAAUCACAUCCGAGGAAUAACUUAAAGGAGGACAACAUGUCGCUUUAUGCAGAAGGAAAUCCGCAGGAUUAUUAGGGGGUUUAUAUAUAAUAUCUUAGGGGGUGGGCAGAAGUUAGAACACCGUAUAACUGAAUAUAUUUACACAUUGUCUGUCUCUCCAUUGCACUGCAAAGUGCAGUGCUGGAAGUUUAAGCAAACAAAUAAAUGUCAUUUUCACAUGCUGCAGGACAGGUAUGGAAUUAUUCCCCCUUUCAGGAAUUUUAUUUGUGUGUGUCCAGGGUUGCAGCAAGAGGGGAUUAGCACUGCAAGGGUUCUUCAGGUGCUUUACCUCAGGGUGGUGUUAUAGCAAUUCUAAGGUCUUAUACUGUAUAUUUAAAUAAAUGUUCAUAAAUGUACAAGGCAAACACAUACCUAAGUAUAUAAACCACGUGUCUGUGGUUUCUGCUGUAGACCACCUUCUUCUGUGAUGUAUGUACGUAUGAUGUUUUGGAGGGUGGUCUUGGGCUAAAGGGUGGGCAUUUUCAAAAGUCUAUAUAAGGGCUUGCACACCAUUGUUCAGGGUUCUCCUCCCUCCUGCAUGUGGUGAGUGGGGACCCUGUUGCAACAGCUCCUUGAAUAAAGAUCAGGCUUACUAGCCGCUUUGC